UAAAGGUAAAAUGGGGAAAAAAAAACUUGUACUUUUGAAUUGUCAUACAUACGCGACAGCCAUAGAGGCGGAUCCGUUGGAAAUUCUCCGUUCUCUCUCGAAGCUGCAACCGGAAGCAUCUCAAGUGGUUUAGUUUGGGUCUGCUUUCUGUGCCCUAAAAGGAUGCUUCCACUUUCUCUACUUAAGAGUGCCCAGGGGCACCCAAUGUUGGUGGAACUGAAAAAUGGGGAGACCUAUAACGGGCAUUUGGUCAACUGUGAUACUUGGAUGAACAUUCAUCUUCGUGAAGUCAUCUGUACCUCUAAAGAUGGAGAUAGAUUUUGGCGAAUGCCUGAAUGCUACAUCCGUGGGAAUACAAUCAAGUACCUCCGAGUACCUGAUGAGGUGAUAGAUAAGGUUCAGGAAGAAACCAAGAGCCGCUCAGAUAGGAGACCACACGGGGUUGCGCGCGGAAGAGGACGGGGUAGGGAGGAUGGUGCUGGUGGACGCCAACUAAAAGGAAUUGGACGUGGUUUGGAUGAUGGAGGUGCUAAGGGUUCGGGAGGAGGCCGAGGCAGAGGUGGAUCCGGUGGAAAGGCUGGUGGAAACAGAGGUGCUGGACGUGGCCGUGGCUGAUUUAUGUUAUGUGUGAAAAAAAUUCAAUGGGUGGCUUGAAGGCGCAUUGGUGUCCAACUUCAUAUGUGCUGUUGGGGUGGUUGGGUUUUUCAGUGACGUCCGGGUGGUUAGUUGCUUCAAUGCUUCUCUAUUCUUAGGGUUGGUUUGUCCAGUUGUAAUUGUGAAUUUGAGUAGCUGUAGUAUCUCAGAACUUAGCGACAAGCUUAUGCUGUGAUUUUUCUUUAUUCCACUGAGAAACUAUAGUAUUGAAAUUUAAA